UCUGGUCACCACUGUACAAUUUGGAGCUGACAUAAAAGCACCCACCGCGCUUCGUGUCUUAGGCUCAGCAUCAAACGUCUCGGCAGCAAAGAUGGCAUUUACUCUUCGCUCAGUUUUCCUCUUUUGUGCCAUCAGCGGACUGGUGUCUGUCAGUUGGACUAAAAGUCAUUGUGAAGAAAAAGACAAAGACAAUUACUGCCCUAAAGGCUGGACUCAAUUGGACAAACGCUGUUUCCUCUUCCAAGAUGACCAAAGAUCGUUUCCAGACGCAGAGAGUGUCUGCAACAUUCUUGGUGGGAAUUUGGCCUCAAUCCGUAGUAGUUUGGAAUAUGCCGUAGUUCUACAAGUGAUUGCGGAAAGCACUUCUGACCCUGAUGACGACAUCUGGAUUGGACUUCACGAAGGAUUGGGGGAUGGCAGUUUUGUCUGGACCGACGGCACAAAAGUGGGUUUCACUGCCUUCAACACUAACACCGAUAGCGGAGACUGCAUUGAGAUCGAAGAUGAUGAUAACCUCUGGGACAACGACUCUUGCAUGAACGAAAACAGAUUUGUUUGUUCCAAAGAUGUUGCCAAAUGCGACCAACACUGACUCACCCUACAAGCAGUCACAUAUUAUCUACAACAAUGCCUUCUUUGGAUUCCACUAUUCUUUACUUUUUCAACUCAAAUUGACUUCUUCUCAUUUAUUAAUUGCUGUCAGUCAAGUAUAUAUGGCAAAGUGGGAUAACAAAUCAGUUCUGGAAUAAAGCAUUUUGGUGUGGGAUUGUA